AUGUCUCGACAAGGCGAAGGGAAAAUCGGUGUAGGACGUGUUGUGGAGUCGGUAGCAGGCCAGGGUGGCGCAGCGAACGAUGUGAAGAAGGGUCUGAGCGGAGGUGGGAUUGGCAGCGGAGGGAAAAGCGCGACAGAUCAUUCUGCUGUGACGAUUAAUCGAGUGAAGGGUGGUUUGAACCACGACGAUGAUGACGAGACGGAAGAGGAAGAAGAGGAGGAGGAGGAGGAAGAGGAGGAGGAGGAAGAGGAGGAGGAAGAGGAGGAAGAGGAGGAGGAGGAGGAAGAGGAAGAGGAGGAGGAGGAAGAGGAAGAGGAGGAGGAGGAGGAGGAAGAAGAAGAAGAAGAAGAAGAAGAAGAGGAGGAGGAAGAAGAGGAGGAGGAAGAGGAGGAAGAGGAAGAGGAGGAGGAAGAGGAGGAGGAAGAAGCGAAAGCGAAGCGGGAGCCGUUCCGCGAGCGGGUAACCUCUGUCAGCGGCGCUGCCAGCGAGCCGACCUCCCCGAGUGGUGCGCAGGGAACAUCGGGGAAGCGGAAAGAGGGCGCUAGAGAGCGCAAACGGAGCAAGCGCAGGCGACAGGGAGUGGAUGCGUGGCAGCUCGCGUAUUUCGCGGCUGUUGCGCGGCGCCAGGCCGUGUCGCUGCGGGAGGAGUCGGAGAGGGUGUGGGUGGAAGCGGAUCGCGUGCUGCGCCAAACUAGGCGGCUCGGCGAAACCGCGGCGGCGGCUUUGGAUGCGACGGCAGCUGCUAUAGACGGGAUGGCGCAGGUUGGUCGAGAUGGCGGCGGGGAAAAGGGCGCAACGGGAAGCUUUCGGAACAAAAGCGGGAAGGGCGCAAACGGCGGAGGUGUGCGCCCGGCGGGGAAUGACGGCGGGCUGAGCCUGCUGGGUGGAUCGGCGUUCCGCGUGACGCGCAUGGUGACGAAGAGCCGCGGGGAGCGGGAGAGGUUCGCGGAAAGCGAUAGCAGCAGCAGCAGCAGCAGUGGCUCCGAUAGCGAUGCGCCUGCCCCGCUGAAACUCCCCGACUCCGGGGAUGACGGCGGAGGCGGGGACGCGCCAGGCGGCGCAGUCAAGCGACUGGGGCUCGGCGCGCUUGCGAAAUCCGUGAUGAAGCUGCACGGGGUUAAGGGGCGCAGGGGGGCGGCGGCGGCGGAUAGGGGAGCGGAAGGGGGGAUCGCGUCUGUAGCUAAGAAGCGCUUUAAGCGCGCCGCGAUGCUCUCGAUGUUCGCAUCUACCUUCGUGCGCGCGGUGGGCUCGCGCGGCGUCGAUGUCGCCAGCACUCCGCUUGCUGUCGCCACGCCUGCGGCCGGAGCGCGCGGGUUGUGGGGCCGCGCGGUAGGCGCGGUAUCUUCGCGGGGGUUCGCCGCCGCAACCCCUUCCGGCGUUCCUUCCGGUACCCUUUCCCGGUUUUCCUCCGCCGAUUCCGCGGGACCUCCGCAAAGUAAUAACGGGCAAGGGUCUGCGCGCGACUUGUGGGGCCGCGCUGUAGGGGCGGUUAAAGGGCAAGAUUUCACCGCCGCUCCUACGCCCGGUCCUUCACAAACAGGCGGAACGCGCGAGUUAUGGGCCCGUGCGUUCGGCGCCGCGACAAAUCUAGAGCCUCCGCCGCCGCUGCUCAUUCCUCCGCGGGGGCUUUCCCCCGCGGAGCUCUCCGCGGUCGCGUCCGCAGGUAUACCACUUCCGCCCCCAAGCCAUGCAGCGGGGGGCAAUGCGCGCGCCUUAUGGGGACGCGCGCUGGGUGUGGUAACCGAGCAGGGUUUUCCGCUCCAAACGCCCGCCCCGUCCAGUUCCGCGGGGCCGUCUGCGGCGGGAGCAGGCCCGCGGGCGCUGUGGGGCCGCGCGGUGGCUGCGGCGACGGGGAAUGAGGCGCGGGACGAGGGGGCACGCGGAGGGUGGAGUGAGCGGAAGCUGCGGGCGCGCGGUCGGCGGUCGUCGUUACCUUCGGAAGAGGAGCUGGGGAAGAUCGCGGAUAUGGCGUGCGCGGUGCAGGAGGAGACACGUCAGCAGCUCGAGUCCGCGCAGCGCCUUAACAUGUUCCUGGCGCAAGAAAGCGCACUGGCGCAAGGGCACAUGUACGGAUAUGGCGGGUAUGCGCACCAGUACCCGCACGCGGACGUGCAUGCGCACCCCGCCUUCGCAGGCCCCCACGCACACGCCCACCAACCCCCGCUGUUCUCCCCCUUCGCGCAUUCUGGUUCCUUUUCCGCCUUCCACGGCGCGGACAAAUCCCCCUUCCCCGCCACCACUCCGGGCGCCAAAAGCCCUUCCCCCGCCGGCAUGCCCGCCCACAUGCAGCAGCAGCAGACGGGGGGAGCUUCCCCGGGCGGGCGCCCGCUGGAGCGCGCGUGGGGCAUGAAAAACGCGGAUCAGGCGGUGGGGGGAAGGAUGGCUGGCGCGCGCGGGGAAAGCGGGGGACGGGGGAAUGGUCCGUGGGGAGCGGAUGCGCAGAUGGCAAGGAGAGAGGGGCGCGGGAAGGGCGGCGGGCGCAGUGAGAACAGAGGGGGGGGAGGGGACAGCAUGGGGGACACGGAUGAGGAGCAGGAGGAGCUGGAGAGGGAGUGGAAGAGAGAGAGGGAGCGGGGGAGAGAUAAGGACUCAGGAGCAGGGGAGAGGGGGAGUGAGGGGUCCCGGAGGACGCAGAAGCACGGGCGCAGGGGCAGGGGGGGAGGGCAUGGCAGCGGCAGCGUCAGUGACAGCGGCAGCGACGGGGGGGAAUCCACGGGGCGGUCGGGCGAGCGGGAGUAUGGCAUGGGGGGGGAAAGGGCGGAGAGCCCCCGGGGGAAAACGGCAGCGCGCAGGCGGAGUGGGGCAGCAGCGAGUGGGGUGCGGAUGGUGCUGGCUGUGAAGCAGAUGGUGGGGCGGGAGGGCGGCGGUGGUGCGGGGGGAAAGGAAUCGGAAUCGGAGUAUGACACAGAGGCGGAGCAGCUCAAGGCGCAGAAGGAGAAGGAGCGCGAGUGGCUGCAGGAGAAGAGCCGCGAGUUGGAGGCAGCUGGGGACACGGAGGGCGAGGAGAAGGAGCGUGCGCGGGAGAGGGCGCGGCAGCUGGUGCGGCGGCCAGAGCUGAAGCGCAGCUCGUGGAAGGACUAUGAAGGGCACGCGCACGCGGGCAGCGGGGGCACCUGGGAGGAAGCUGCGCAGGGGUUUGCAGAGAAAGGGGAAAGGGGGAAGGGAGGGGCGGGAGGUGAGCAGGAUCGGGUGGGAGGAGGCGGCGGGUUGUUGAGGCAGGAGGGAGUGCGUGACGACAUGUUGAUCGACAGUACCGGGCCCUCGAACGCCCCAGCAGCUUCCAAAGACCCAAGCCAGCCACGAGCCCCCAACGCCCCCGUCCUACCCAUGAGUUCAGCCCCCCCUUCGUCCUCCAACCCCCCUCCCGCACCACCGGGCAAGCCUGGCAUGAUAGGCAAGGUGGGGUUGGGUGCUCCUUUGGUGUCCAGUAGUGGGGGAAGCCUGCUCAACUCUCAUAGGAUCGCCCCCCGGGGAGUGGCAGCAGGAGGGGCAGCGGCGGGUGGUGCAGGAGGAGGGGGUGUGCAGCGGCAGGCGGGGCAUGGAGAUGGGUCAUUGGGGGAGGGUGACGACGGCGGGUUGGGCUUGGUGAGGGGAGGAAGUGAGAGGCCUAGAGUCAGUGGCGGGGUGGUUGGGAUGGAGGGUGGGGACGAUUCAGUGCAGCUGGUGCGGAGCAUGAGUGUGGAUCCGCGAGGUAAGGCUGGAGGUAAGGGUGGAGCGGGGGAGGGAGGCCAUGGCGGUGGGCGAACGGCACUUCCGGAAGUGGAUGCGAGCAACUUCACCAAGACUCACUCGUUCCACAUGGCACCAUCUAGAAAUGCAGGCAUGCAGGCGUCAAAGGGCAAACCAGGGGGUUCUGCGAGACAAGGAAGGAUGUUCAAAGGCCUGCGUUCUCGCACCAAGGAGAAAUUCGAGUUCCGGCUUCGCUUCCAUGCCACUCGCCUGCCACCGCUAGGCCAUGAGAGCCUCCACGUGUCGCUCUAUCAGGACACGGGGCGCCUUCAGAGCCAGACGAGCCGCGUGGCCGUGAAGAACGGCGCGUGUCAGUGGGCGGACACGCUGACGGAGGUGGUGAAGCUCACGCGCGUCAAGGGCAGCAAGGCGUUCGACGCCAAACACUACCGCCUCGUCGUUGCCUCGGGACCAUCCAAGGCGUCCAUUCUUGGCGAGGCGUCGCUGAACCUCGCGGAUUUCGCCGCCUUUUCGCAGCUGGACCAGCGAUCCCUGCCGUUGCGCUGCUGCGAAGCGGGCUCCGUGCUGCAUGUGACAGUGCACUCCAUCCCUCUCGAGACGCGACACAUGCCCAACUCUCACUCCGACGACGAAUCCGAGUCGGUCGACGGCGCCGCGCCGCGCUCGCCGCACUCCCUAUCCUUCACGCGGCACCGGCCGUACGACACGGAGAGCGACGACGACCGCGGGGACGAGCGCGAGAGCGGGGGCGCGGCGGACGAGGAGAGCGAGGCGGAGGAGCGCAUGUACGGGGGGGCGAGUGCGGGGGCGCGGUCGCGGUCCGCGCGGUAUAGCAGCAGCGCAGCAUCGGAACCCGCGGACUCUCUGCCCACCACGCCCCUCUCAAAACCCGCUGUCGCGCCCGCUAAUGCGCUCGCCAAGUUGCAGCUCUUCACGGGCUCGGCGCGCUCCUUGACCGCGCCAUCCACGCCCCCCCGCUCCUUACACUCCCCGAGGACCCCGCCGUCUCUCGCGCAGGUAACUUCUGGCGCCUCCGCGCCUGAUUUCUCGCUCUCCCCGCCGCCCGCCCUCCGCGCGCACCAUCUGGCCCAGCGCAAAGACGACUCCGACUACGCGCGGAGCAGCGACCGCGAGUUAAGAGAUGCGCCACCAGCCGUGCCGCCGCCAACAGGCGCAGCGCCACGUCAUUCCAUGGUGUCUGACGUCUCUCCGCCUCUCGAGCCCCCACCGUUCCUUCACUCCAUCCGCGCCUCGUCCCGCCCAAGCUCCCCCAUGCGCGCAGCUGGCAGUGCGCGCAUGAGCGGAGCCGGCGGUCCCGGGGGGAUUGGCGGAAGUUGGAGGGUAGAGGGCGCAGGCGUGGGCGGAGUUGCUGAAAGCGUGGGGAGCGGGAGUGUAAGCGGAAGCAGCAGCGCGGGGGGAUGGAGCAUAGCGCGCGGAAGCACCACGAGCGCGUCCAUAAGCCGCAGCAGCAGCUGCGCAAGCAGCCACGGCGGGUGGUCCGCCAUCGGUUCGUUCCGCGGAGCGCAAUCGCCCGUCAGUCGGAAAACCCUGCUGCUCGAUCUGCAGCAGCAGCAGCAGCAGGCGGGGGGCAUGGCGCAAGCGGAGCGGAAAGUGGGCGCAAGCGGAACGGAUGCUAUCCGCGCAACCUCUUGCAUGGGUGCUGGUGGCGCAGGACAGGGGGCGGGUGUGCGGAAUGGGGGGGACGGCAUGUCGCUGAAUGCGCGGGUGAGUGGCUACAGUCACGCGGAGUCCGCGGGUAGAUCUACGGGCAGUUCCGCCACGCAUGGGGGGGAAGCGGAUGAGUUGCGGGGAGCGGAGGCCAGGGCACGACUCAGCAGGAGCCGAAGCGUGACAGGGGGGGCCGAAGGGGGAAACGACACGCUGGCGGCCGCGGCUUCGGAGGCCGCAUCCGCGCGUGAUGCAGAGGAAUCGCGCGUUCCAGGUUGGCAGGUGGAGCGCCUACGAGCGCAGGUUGCGCGCGCAAGGGCGCAGCAGUCGAAGGUGGAAGAGGAGCGCGACCGACUGGCGGAAGAGUUGCGCCGGGCGCAGAGCGCAGGCGGAAGCGGAGGAGCCGGAAACGGAGGAGCGGGGACCGGCACGCUGGGUGCGCUCGGGGCAACGACUAGCAGCAGCAGCAAUGGCAGCGGGAGUGGGCUGUGGGGGAGUGGGUGGGAAGCGAGCGGGGGGGAGGGGAGCGGGGGGGAAGGCACACAGAGCUCGACGGACGGCGGAGAGAGCAGCGGGCGGGAGGCGAUGGAGGAGGCAUCGCGGUUGCGGGGCGAGGUGUCGCGCGCGCGGGACGAAGCGUCUCGCGCGCGGGAGGAGGCGUCGCGCGCGCGGGAGGAGGUGCGGUACUACAAGGACGUGAGCGCGCGCCUGACGGCUCAAGUGGACUUGCUGCGGACCACCAACGACUCGCUCGCGCAAGAAGCGCGCCAAGCCGCGGAAGACGCCAACAAGGCGCGCCGCGAGGCGCAGGAGCUGGCGGCGACGGGGAGGGAGCGCGAGCGCGCGUUGCGCCGAAUGGAUGGGGCUGCGGAAGAGAAGGAGCGCGCGUGGCGGGAUCGCCUGCAGCGCCUUGUGGAGGAGCGCGGAGAUCUCGAGGCUAAGCUGCGGCGCGCGGAGGCGGAGCGGGAGGAGGCGGAAGAGCAACUGCGCGCGCACAGCGACUCCCGAAGAGGCGGGAACGGGGAAAGCGCAGGCGGGGGGAGCGCGGAGGAAUUGCGGGAGCUGCGCGCGCGGGUGGAGGAGGGGGAGCGCGAGGUGGAGGAGCUGACUCAGGAGUCGCUGCAGCUCGCCGCGGGGCUGAGCGCCGCGCGGAGAGAUGUGGCGGAACGGGAGGCGCGGAUUAAGGAGCUCCAGGUGCAGGUUAGCGUGCUGCAGCGUUGGGAGAGGCGCGAGGAGCGGCGGGGUAAGGGCGGAGACGACUGGGGGAUGAGGCGGAGAGAGGAGGGCGGGGUGGAUGAGAGCGGGGAAGGCGCGGAGCAGCUGGAGCAGUUGCAGCAGCAGUUGCGGCGGCAGGAGGAGCAGGCGCAAGCCGCGGAAGCGCAGGCGCGGCGACUGGAGGAGCAGUGCGCCGAGCUGGAAGAGGCAGCGCAGCGCGGCAGAGAGCGGGCGGAGGAAGCGGAGAAACGGGCGGAGCAGUUAGCGCAGCAGCUGGCGGACGCGGAGAGGGCCGCGCGCGAAGCGGAGGAGGCGCAGAGGCGCGCGGAGGGGCAGGCGCGACUGGCGGAGAUGAGCGCGGAGCGGCUAGGCAACCGCGUGCGCGCGCUGACGCCCUUAGAAGCGCGCGUGGGGGAGCUAGAGGAGGAGCUGCGCGUGGGGAUGGAGCGCGUGCGCGUGCAGGAGCGGGUCAAGGCGGAGGCGGAGGAGCGCGCGCGGCAGCAGGCGGCGCUUCUGGCGGAGGUGCGGGAGGAGCUGGAGGGGGAGGUGCGGCGGCUGGGGAACCAGGUGGAGGGGCUGCAGCAGCGGUGCAGAGCGGUGCAGGGGGAGAAAGAGAGUCUGGAAGCGGAGAGGGACAGACUGGAAGGGGAGGUGAAGCAGGCGCGCGCAGCAGCGCUAGCGGAAGCAGGCAAGGUGGAAGCGGAGGCGAAGCGCGCAUGGGGGGAGGUAGAAUCGAUGAGGCGGGCGGUUGAGUCACUGGAGAGGGGGAAGCGGGAGGCGGAAUCAGCGGCGAAGGGCGCGUGGGAUGCGCGGAGAGCGGCGGACGUGAGGGUAGAAGAGCUGUCAGUGCAGCUGGCGUCGCUGCGGGAAGUGCUGCAGGAGCAGGCGGAACGGGCAGAGCGCGCGGAAGCAGGGCGGAAGGCGGAGCAGGCGCAAGCAGAGGCGGAGGUGGAGAGGGGCAAGGCGGAGAGGCUGCAGCAGGAGAUACAGGGUUUGGCGGGGGAGGUGGAGCAGGCGAGGAGGGAGAAAGCAGCGGCGGAAGAGAUGGUGGUACGACUGCAAGGGCAGGUGAAGGAGUGGGAGGAGAGAGCACGGGAGCAGGAGGAACGGUGCGCGGAGCAGCAGCGGGCGGCCGAGGCGAGGGAGAGGCAGCGGCGGGAGGCGGACGGCAGGGCAGCACGGUUGGAAGAAGCCCUGAGGACGGUAGAAGAGGAGCUCGCAAAUAGCCUGGCGCAGAGGCGACAGGUGCAGGAGCGAGAGGUCCAGCUGGAGGCUGAGGUGGCAGCGCUGACUGGGAAUGCCGCCAGGCUGGCGACGGCUGCGCGGGCGGCGGAGGAGAGGGCGGCGGAGGCGGAGGAGGAGGUGGGGAGGAUGAGGGAGAGUGUGGAGAGGGUGAGGGGGGAGAAGAGGGAGGUGGAGGCGAGGGUGGUUGAGGUGGAGGCGGAGAGGAGGAGGCUGGAGAGAGAGGUGGAGCGGCUGAGGGGGAGGGAUGCGGGUGCGGGUGGUGGUGCGCGAGGGGAGGGUAAGGCGGAGGGGGGAAGGGCAGGGGAAGGGGAGCAGGAGGAGGUACGGGGGGAUGAUGGGAAGGGAGUCGGGGCGGAGAGGGGAAGUGCAGGGAGUGGGGUGGAGCAGGAGCUGUGGGCACGGCUGGAUGUGCUGCUGGGUGAGAAGGAGGAGGCGGUGCAGCGGGCCAUACGCGUGGAGGAGGGGUUGAGACGCGAGAGAGCUGCGUGGGAGGCAGAGAGGGAAGAGGUGCGGGGCGAGGCGGAGAGGAUGAGAGGAGAGGUGGAGAGAGCCAGGGCAGAGGCGGAGAAGGCGAAGAGAGAGGUGGAGAGGGUUGAAGGGGAGCUGAGUAAGGUGAGGGCGGGUGCUGGUGGUGGUGCUGCUGCAGUGGGAGGGGAAGCGGCCAAUGGUGGUGGAGGAGAGAAAGGGGCGGGUGAGGGGCCGGCGAGGAGGUUAAUGAGUCAGAUGCAGCGGUGGAGCUGGGUUAGUACCGGUGCUGCCACUGCUGCUGCCACUAGUGUAGGUGCGGGUACCAGCACUGGCGAUGGCAGCUCAGCUGACAAGGCUAGCAGGGGUGACACAGAAAGUGACAACCAACAGCAAAAGAGGGUCGAUGUGAAAGAGGCAAUUUCGGAUGGUAGCAGCAGCAGCGGCGUGUGGGAGGAGAAGGUGCAGAGGCUGCAAGCAGAGGUGGAUCGGUUGAAGGCAGAGGUGCAGGCAGAGCGAGCUGCGAGGCAAUCCAGCGAGAGAGAGAGUGAGAAAUAUACACGGCAGGUGAGGGAGCUAGAAGCCCAGCUGGAGGGUGCCAGGCAGCAAGCAGCAGAGGCGGAGAGGAGAGCAGAGAGACACGCAGAGGAGAUCCCAGUGCUGCGAGCAGAGCAGGCGGCGCUGCGGCGGCAGGUGGAGGAGGCGAGGAAGCAGGCAGCAAGCGUGGAGAAGGCUCGGCUGGAGCUGGAAACCGAGCAGCGGAGGCUGGCACAGCAGCAGCAGGGCGCGGGCGCAGGCGCGGGCGGGGACAAGAAGAAAGGCGAGUAUGAGAAGCUGCGAGGAGAGCUGAUUAAGGAGAGGCUGGAGAAGCAGGUGGUGGAGGAGCGGCGCGUGCUGCUGGCCGCGCGGCUUGUAGCCAUGGAGGCUGAGCUGGCAGGCUUGGAGGAGGUUCGGCAGAGGAACGCGAAGCUGGAGGCGGAUGCGGAGACGAUGAGGGUUGCAGCGGAGCAGCUGCAGGCGGCUGUGAAGGCCAUGGAGGAAAAAAUGGCUGCUGCCCAUGGCAAGGAGGGUGGUGGGGCUGACGGCGGGGGAGUUGGUGCAGCGGUGGUGGCGGCUGGGGGUGUGGCUGGGUGCGAGGUGGUGCAGACGGGAGGGAGUGGGGUGGGUGGUGGUGGGGCGUUGCGAGGGAGCGUGGUGGUUGUGGGUGAGGGGGAUGUGAGAGGGAGUAUGGGUGGUGGGGAGGAGAUAAAGGCGGGUGACGAUGGGUCGUCUGUUUCAAGUGGAGCAGGAGGAGGAGCAGAAGGGGCAGGAGGAGCAGGAGGAGCAGCAGGAGGGGGAGGGGAGAGGGAGGCAGGGCCUCAAGACGUGGACUUUUGGAAGAGCUACGGGCUGCCCCAUGGGCGAGUGCCGCAAGGAGGCCGGCUCAGGGAAGAGCGCGUGGCCCGGGGCGGCGGUGGCGGUGGGGGGGGCGCAGGAGGCGGUGGUGGUGCGGGAGGGGGAGGGGGCGCAGGGGCAGGGGCACGGGGCAAGGCUGCUUGUGCGUCAGCGCAGUCAGCCAGAGCCCAGCAGCAAGCGCAGGUGCAGGCACAGCAGCGGGUGCGGGCGUCGAGUCCUGUUGUGGGACGGGCGGGCAGUGGUGGGGGCGGUGGAGGAGGGGCAGGGGGGGCACGAGGGGGUGGGGUGAGUGGGGAGAGUGCGAGGAAGGGCGUGAGUCCCCUGCGUGGGGGCAGCCAUGCUCGCUCUGCCAGUCCUGUGCGCUCUGCUAGCCCUGCCCGCACUGCCAGGCAGGCAGCAGCAGGGGCAGCGGCAGGAGCAUCAGGUGUGGCGUUUGGCAGUGCGACUACACGCCAUGCGUUGCCUGCACGCACUCCCAGGCAGCAGCAGCCGCAGCAGCAUACUGUGGGGAUGGUGGCAGGCAUGGGGGUAGGAGCAGCAGCGAGGAUAGCUGCAGGCAGGGUGAGUGGAGGCAGUGGGACAGGCAGCAGUGCUGGUACCCACCGGUCGGUAGGCACGAUGGUGGGUGUGUCCCUCUCUGGCAACUCCGCCAGCAGCGGCGGUGGCGGCAGCGGUGGUGGUGCUGCAGCUGCUGGUGCAAGCAGUGGUCUCGGCAGUGUGACUGCGAGCCUGCUGGGGUGCAUGGCGGCAUCGAGCUUGCUGGAUGAAGGCGCAACGAACCCUCUCUUUGGAGAUGAUGAUGAUGAAGAGGUAUCCAGCUCAUGUGAGGGGCUGCCCACGAGAAUCACACACCAGACUGUGUUCGCAACACAACCCGCGUUCCCUCUAAUCGAUCCCAUGUCGCCGACCCCGAUCCACCAAUCACCGUCCGCCAACCACUCUCUUCCUAAUCAUCGCGCGCGCAACCACCGCGCGCACUUAUCCUGCUCGUCGCCAAAUCUCGCAGCAGCUGCUGUCGAGGCGGCGGCAACUGCGGCGGCAGCCAGCGGCAUAGGAGCCAGCCGAGUGUUACACGAACGGUUAUGCCUUCGCAUAGAUGUCGCCAACCAAUCCCUCGCGGGUUUCGCGGAACUACACGUUUCCCUGCCGUCCGCCAAGCUUCCGCUUUUUCCGCCCCGCGAUCCCUCCGCUGCGCCGGAGUCUCCCCCUAGGUCGCAGGCGGCUUCCGCUCCCCCGCUGGCAGGCGCUUUCGGUUCCGCUGGCGUUGCGCGGACGCGCUCAUUGGACGAGUGCGUUGCGCGUGACGUCGGGGGAGAGCGGGCGGGGGCGCAGGCGCAGGAGGCGGGGGGGGACCGCGAGAACGCAGGGGAUUUGGGCCCCGCGCUGUGCUUCCAUGCGCGCGGAUUACACAUCCGCCACGUGGCAGUCGAUGGCGUGCCCGCGCCGUUUUAUCUCCUCCGCCCGGCCCUCCCGCGAUCUAAGCGCGGGGAGCGCGACGAGGACGGGGCGGAAAGGCGAGGGGGCAAGCGCAGAGCGUCGGGGGUGAAACGAGCGGAGCGACAGCGGGCGGAGAAGGGUGGGGAGAGAGGACUAGGGCCAGAAGUGGAUAUCGAGUUAUCUAGUGGGGGGAGCGACGGUGACGGUGGCGGCAGCGACGUGGAGAGGGCGGUAUCAGGAGCAGCGCCGCAGCAUGCGGCCUCCGCACCCCACACUCCCCUCAACAGCAGCGGUGGCAGCAGCAGCGGCAGCAGUCGGGAGUGGGGGAGCGGUGGCGGGGUGCAUUUCGCAGGGGGUUGGAUGCACACGGUGCUGGGCGUGCCGCGCAGGGCGCGCUGCUGGAUGCCCUGCGUUGACUCCCCCCGCCACCGCUGCUCCUUCCUCCUCUCCCUCUCCGUGCCCCAACCCCUCCGCGCUGUUGCCCCCGGCACGCUUGUCUCGCUCUCCCCUGGGGCUUACCAGGUGGCAAUCGCGGUGGGUCCGUUCGUGGAGCUGCGGGAUCCGCGCUGCCCCGCGCUGUCGCACUGCUGCGUGCAGCCGGUGCUGGCGUCGGGUGCUCUCGCGCGCACCACGGCCACGCUCGACGCGGCGUUCCGCGUGUUUGAGGACUACAUGGGCUCGCCCUUCCCCUUCCCCUCGCACCGCCUGCUCUUCCUGCCACACGCCCAUGGCCAACCCCACCCUGCUGCUGCUGCUGCUGGUUCAGCGGGAGCAGCAACAGCAGGGAGCGGAGGCGAGUGCAGUACUCCCACCCGGAUCAACAGCAGCGGUGGCGGCGGUGGCGGCGGUGGCAGGCGGUCGCUGUGUGCGCUGGAAGGGCGGUGUGUAUCAGGCGCAGCGUUGGUCUUCAUAGACUCCAGCCUGCUGGUCACCGACCGCGACAUCCACACCGCGCUCUCCUCUCGCCUGCGCCUCGUGCGCGCGCUCGCAUCGCAGUGGUUCGGCGCAUUCAUCUCGGCAGAAAGCCCUGCAGAUGAGUGGCUCGUGGAGGGAUUAGCAGGGCACCUGGUGCAGGUGUUUGUGCAGAGGUGCCUGGGUGGGAACGAGGCGAGCUACCGGCGCGUGAAGGCCAACGAUGCCGCACCGCAGGUGUUUGCAGCGCCGUUUGCACUGCACCCAUCGGAGCUCGUGUCUCUGGACGCAGCAGCGAGGCGACUGAGAGCGAGCAAGGCAGUGGCAGUGGUGGACAUGCUAGCACGGCAGAUGGGCGCUGAUGCCUUUCGGAAGCUUCUCCAGAGGCUCAUGCUCCGCUCGCAGGCCACCUCCCGGCGGCUCCGCUCGCUAAGCACCGCGCAGUUCCGGCACUUAGCUAACAAAGUCGGGAACUUAGAGAAGCCGUUUCUGAAGGACUUUUUCCCGCGCUGGCUGCACUCGCCCGGGUGCCCGCGGCUGUCGCUGGCGUUUGCGUACGUGCGGCGGCGGAAUGUGAUUGAGCUGGCGGCCAGGAGGGAAGCCACGGCACACCCAGACCUCACUGCUCUCUCCUCCUCCCCUGACGCCCCUCCCCUGCCCCCCUCCGCUGCUGCUGCUGCUGCUGCUGCUGGUGGCAUUGGGAGGGACGGGGGGGCAGGCGGGGAGGGUGGUGCGGGUGGGGGGUUGGGCGCGGGAGGUGACUAUGGAGGACUGGUGGAUGAGUUGGGAUGGGCGGGGAUGGUGAGCAUACGAGUGCAGGAGCCAGAGGGGCACUUUGACCACCCGUGCCUGCCGCUGGGGGGCGACAGCUGUCUGCUUCUGGAGCUGCCCUGCCACUCGAAGCUGGCUCUGCGGCGCGUGGCGCAGGCGGGGAAGAAAGGCGCAGGGGGAGGCGCAGGGGGCGCGCCGGGGGCAGCAGAAGAGGAGGCAGGCGCGGGGGCAGACGCGGCAGCAGCAGCAGGAGGGGUAGGAGGAGCGGGAGGAGCGGGAGGUGGGGUAGGCGGGGGCGGGGAGGGGAAGGGCGGGGGGGGAGACAUGCCAGUGCUGUGGAUGAGGGCGGAUCCGGACAGGGAGUAUCUAGCCCACAUGCGCCUGUCGCAGCCCGUCCCCAUGUGGACUGCCAUGCUCGCAAGCGACCGAGACGUGACGGCACAGGCAGCAGCGGUGGCGGCGCUGCAGCAGGUGGGGGACGUGGGGGCAGCGAGCGCACUGUUUGCGUGUCUGUGUGACGCCUCUGUGUUCUGCCGUGUGCGCGCCGAUGCAGCGCUGGCGCUCGCGCACUGCUGCACCGCCGCCUCCUUCGCCCCGUCCUCCCCGUCGCCCUCUCUCCCCGCCGCCGCCGCUGCUGCUGCUGCUGCUGCCAACCCAAUGGACUUAUCCCCGGCACUGCCACAAACCCCUCCCGGCACUGCCGCUACCACCACCACCACCACGACUACUAUCACCAUCGGGACUGGUGGAGGGAUCGGUGGUGGUGGGAGCGGCGGCGGUGGGAGCGGCGGCGGCGGCAGCAGCAGCAGUGCGGUGCCAGGGCUAGACCUCCUGCUGCGGUUCUACAAGGACCGAUUCUUCGACCGGCUCACCGGCCUGCCCCGCUGCAACGACUUCUCCGACUGGGCGGAGUACUUUGUCCAGAUCUGCAUCCCGGCAGCCGUGGCCGCAGUGAGGGAUGCGCGGGGGUGCUCGCCCGCUGCAGCGGUGUCGUUCCUGCUGUCGCUGCUGCUGCACAAUGACAACUCGCGCAACGCGUGGGACGACUCGCACUUCCUCUCCGCGGUCAUCUCCGCCAUUGCGUCUCUGAAGCUCUCGCCUGACGCUGCUCUCCACUUCCACUGCACGGCAGGGUCCACUGGCACUGCUGCUGCUGCCGCUGCUGCCGCUGCUGCUGCUGCUGCUGCUGCUGGCGCUCCCACUGGUGCUGCCCUCUGCUGCCUGGUAGACGUGCACAUGCACCAGCUGCUAUCCCACACCACCUCCACCACCACCACAACCACCACCACAACCACCGCCACAACCACCACAGCCACCACCACCUCUCAGAAACCCCUCUCUGAAUCACUCCCGCCGGCUCCCUCGCCCGAGCCCAUCUCCCUAGACCCACUCCUGCGUCUGCUGCUGCAUGUGACCGUGGGUUCCCACGCGGACCCCUCUCUCCGCGUGCGCGUGAAGCUCCUCAAUCACUCCUGCCCCCCUCUCCGCCACCUCUGUGCGCUCCUCGGCGCCCCUUCUGUUGCCCUGCCGCCCCCCUCCCGCCCUGCGUCUGCCGGGCCUGUGGGUGGGAGGAGCAGGGAGGGCGGUCGCAGGAAAAGCGGAGGGGGGAUGCCUUGGACUGGGGCAGGGAUGGGAGCCGCAUGGGGCCAGGGGGGGGGAUUGGCGGGAGGAGGGGAAGGCGGAGGGGGGGGAGCAGGGGGAGGAGGAGCGGGAGGGGGAGCAGGGCUAGUGCCCAUCCGCCUGCGGCUCACCCCGGGGGGAGGGGCGGGGGGGAGCACUACCAGCACGGGCAGCGUGGGGGCAAAGGGCGGAGCGGGGAGUGUGGGGGGAGCAGCGGGAGGGGAAGCGGGGGAAGCAGGGGCGGUGGGUGUGGUGGGUGCUGUGGGUGGUGCGGGUGGUGCGGGUGGUGCGGGUGGUGGGGAGGCAGGGGGGGGAGGGUCACGGGGAGGAGCGGAAGAGGGGAGAGUGGGGAAAGUGAAACUGCGGUUCAAAGCAGCUGCUUCCCCUUCUUCCGCUGCUAGUGCAGAGGCAGGGAGCAGUGGCGCGAUGGUAGGGGCAGGGGGGGAGGCGGGGCAGGGGAUGGGGGAGGUGGGGCGAGGGGGAGGCGCAUCAGGGCUUGGGGGAGGGGCAGCGGAUGUGGGGGGUAAGGCAGGGGCGGUGAAGGGGAAGGGGGUGAAGACAAGGGGGAGUGAGCGGAGCAGUGAGAGCUUUGGAGGGGGGAUGGGGGAGAGGAGUGUGGGAGGUGGCGGGGGAGGGGGAGAGGAAGGCGGAGGGGGGGGGGGGGAGGGGGAGCGGGAUUGGGGAAAGGCAGUGGGGAGGCGAGUGGGGGGAGCCAUGGCGUGGAGGGGAGGAGCGGGAGGAGGAGGGGUUGAGAGAGGUGGAGAGGGUGAGGAGGAGGAGAAGCAGCAGAUGAUUGCAGGGAAGGAUGAGGAGAGGGGUGGAGGGGGUGAUGGGGUGAGGGAGAAGGGAGGGAGUGAAGAACGGGGGGACGAUUUGAAAGUUGGGGAGAAGGAAAGCAAGGAUGGGGGAGUGAGGAGCAGUGGUGGUGAGAUAGGUGGGGCUGGUGAUGGUGCUGUUGGUGGUCGUGCGGAUGGAGGUGAGGAGGGGAAGGGGGAGAGGGGCAGUCAAGGGACAAGGGAUAAUGAGGAGAAGCGAAGCAGGAAGAAGAGGAAGAGAGAGGAUGGGGAUCAUGGGCGGGAGGAUAGGAAGAGCAGUGGGAAGAAAUCAAAAGAGGAGAAUGACAAGGAGAAAGAUAGGGAUAAGGGUAAGGAGAAGGAGAAGGAGAAGGAGAAGGAGAAGGAGAAGGAGAAGGAGAAGGAGAAGGAGAAAGGGAAGGAUAAGGAUAAGGAGAAAAGCAAACGUGAUGGGAAGAAGGAGAAGGAAGAGAGUGAGAGGAAGAAGAAAAAGCGGGAGAUGAGGGAGGGGGAGACGGAGGCAGAGCACAAGGAGAGGAAACGGCGGCGGAAGGAGGAGAAGAAGCUGAAGAAGAAAAGGGAGAAGGAGGAGAAGCGGAAGGGGGAGGGUGCGGAAGGGAAGAAGAAGAAGCGAGACGGGACAGGCAGCAGCGGUGGUGAGAAGGAGAAGGGAGAGAGGACGGUGCGAGCAGAGGGGGGUGGUGGAGGGGGGGAAGAGGAAGCAGGUAGGUUGGAGGAGAAAGCAGUGGAUGGUGUAGGCACACAGCAGAGCAAGCAGCAGUGCACGCAGGGCAGCACCCAGGAAAGCACCCCGGGUGCAAUAGAAGUGGACGGGUCAGGUGGUGAUGAGAGCAGCGCGGAGGAGAGGGAAGGGGAUGGGGGAGGUGGGCAUGGGGAUGGGCAUGGGGAUGGUGAUGGGGAUAAGGAUGGGGAUGGGGAUGGGGAUGGGGAUGGGGAUGGGGAUGGGGAUGGGGAUGGGGAUGGGGAUGGGGAUAAGGAUGGGGAUGGGGAUGGGGAUGGGGAUAAGGAUGGGAAUUGGGAUGGGGAUGCGUAUGGGCAUGGGCAUGAGGAUGGGGAUGGGGGUGGGAAUGGGGAUGGGCAUGAGCAUGGGGAUGGGGAUAAGGAUGGAAAUGUGGAGGGAAUGCAUGGGGAGGAUGGGGGGGAUGGAGCAGGUGGGGAGGAUGGCGAGGGUAGUGGAUGGAGUGGCGAGGAGGGGCAGAAGGUGCAUGUUUUGGACGGCCCAGAUGAGCCAGAUGGCAUGGAUGGGCCAGAUGGCAUGGAUGGGCCAGAUGGCAUGGGUAGUGAACAGUUGCACGGCAAUGCCACAUCGCCUCCACCUUCUCCACAUGUGGACAGCCCCAAUGAUAGUCCUAAUCAGGAUCAACACAAGCACGAGCAUGAGCAUGGGCAUGAGCAUGGGCAUGAGCAUGGGCAUGAGCAUGAGCAUGGGUAUCGGCAUGAUGAGCAUGAGCAUGAGCAUGAGCAUGGGCAUGAGCAUGGGCAUGGGCAUGGGCAUGGGCAUGAGCAUGGGCAUGAGCAUGGGCAUGGGCAUGGGCAUGGGCAUGAGCAUGAGCAUGAGUAUGGGCAUGGGCAUGAGCAUGAGCAUGAGCAUGGGCAUGGGCAUGAGCAUGAGCAUGGUGCGCGGAGUGGCGGAAUGGAUCCCAUGGCGUACGCGGACGAUCUCGUGCGCGAGCUGCUGGUUUUCCGCGGUUUCGCGCACACGCUAGCGGCCUUCGAGGCGGAACUUGCCGCGGACAAGCUGCAACCGCCCCAGGCGCAGCGCGUGGUGCAUCACAUCAUGCGCGAGCUCAUCCCCGCGCUCGACUGGCGCGCGCUCGCGCGCCUCUUCCUGGUGCUCCGCCAGCGGUUCCUGGCGCGCGCGGACGGCGCGAGCUGCGCGGCGCUGGAGGAGCUGGAGAUGGGCGUGCAGCGCCUGUUCAUGGUGACCGCCAUGCGCGCGGGCAGGCGCGCGGAGGUGGUGCGCGUGUUAGAGGACAUGGGGGAGAGCGUGCAGGCGCUGCUCAUGACCGCGCCCCAUGACUGGACGCUCUGGUUCGCGGCGCCGUACAUGCGGCAUCCGGAGCAGCAUCCGGUGCUGGCGGUGUAUUUCACACCCGAGUGGGCGGACAGCCUCACCGCCUCGCUCACCAACUUCCUGCACCGCCUCUUCCACUCGCUCCAUAUCCCGCCCACCGCCGCCUACCCACUUAACCGCGCCUCCCUUCUCUUUCCUCCCUUCAUACCCAUCGCUUUGCCUUGA